CUUGCUGGGAGAAAAGUGUGUGAGCGUGGCCCUAAUGCGGAAUCUCAUUAAGGCAACUGUCAGGAUUCUUCUAUUUUACUCUCACCUCUCCUAUUCCGUAAAAGCCAGACUGUCGUUUCGAGUCCAGCACCCGCACGUGGUCGAUAGUUACUGACUGGUUCGGGCCCUUUCCUGCCUCGGCUCCGGUAAGCCCUCAGACAAUGACCUUUUAUUUGUGUUGCUUUUAUGUGUUCUGCAUCUCAUCCUCUGGCUGAAAAUACCUCACUGAUCAGCGUUCAGGACGGACGGCGGCGCAGGAAGCAUGGAAGCGGGGGGAAGUAAACCAGGAAAAUGGCGUGGCAUGCUGAUAGGAGUGUAAGCUUAGUACGGUUUUUAACCCUUGCGGUGAAUCGCAUCUCCGGAAAUGUUGAAGCAAUGUUGCUCGCAGUUAGCAGCACCAUUUAACCCUUAUAUCCAAAAAAAACUUGCUAUCUUCCUUUGGAUGAUGGAUUACUUGAAUGGCCGUGUCGGUACCUGCUGGUUGCAGAGGAUCACACUGCUGUAUAACGGACAUGGCGUAUAGGAAAGUGCGUGCUGGCCAUGGUUCUCACCGUGUGCGAGAUCUGGAGAACGAGGAGCUUCACACAGCUUCACUGGAACUUGAAUGGGACAUGGAGAAGGAGCUGGAGGAACCAGGUCUGGACCGCUUCCAGCUGGAGUGUAUGGAGCAUCAACCUGUGAGCAGCUCUUCUGGUGGAGGCAUGGACCCAGACUUGGAGCCAAUUCAACCCUCCGUCUCCCCCCACGGACGUUUCGAGCGUCUCCAGGAGGACCCUAAUUACGUUUCUCGUUUCAGCCGGUCGGUACCUAAGGGCCAGAGACGGAACGGGACGUGCCUUGCCAAAUACUUGUUAGCGGGGGUGGGAGUGUUUGCUCUGGGGCUGCUCAUUGGACGAUACGCCUUCAGCAAGGAGCAAGUGAAGGUAGAGCCAAGUGCAGACACAGAUGUGCUGGAGAAGAUUGUUCAGGGAAUCACAGCAGAGAAGAUACAAGCACUGCAGAGGGACUUUGACAGCUUGUCCGAUCUCACAGAAGAGUCCAAGGUCAGGUACAUCGCUCAGCGGUGGGAGGAGCUCGGAUUAAAAGACGUCCAGGUGACCAAUCAUACAGCUCUCCUGAGCUAUCCCGGACCCGCACUCAGCACGAUCACCGAUUUAAGCAGCAACCAGUGUUACCUGCCCAGCGGAGUGAGGUGUGACCAGCCAUUCACAUCCACGACUGAACCAUUUGCCUUUGCAGCCUAUUCGGCUGUGGGAAAUCUAGUGGCAGAGGUGGUGGACAUUCAGUAUGGGAAUCCAGGGGAUUUGAGACGGGUCCAAGCCAGUGCAAAUGUGACCAAUAAAAUAGCACUGCUGAAACUUGGACAAUCACCUUUGCUGUACAAGCUCUCUCUCCUGGCAGAGGUGGGGUUUGGUGGCUGUCUUCUCUAUGUGGAUCCAUGUGAUGCCCCAUUUGGGAAUAAGACAUUUGGGGUAACCCUGAACCCAGGUGGUAACCCGUUUUUUCGAGAAGAUGCCAGUACUGCCGGAAGAGACAGUCGCCACAACCUGACAUCAUUGCUGGUUCAGCCCAUCUCUGCCUCCUUAGUGAAAAUGCUGCUCUCUGCCCCCGCCAUGGGGCAGGGAAGACCCUGCGUCCCCAUGGCCAUGCCCUCAGCCUCAGCAAGAAAACUCAUAAAUCUCACCAUUGAAAACCAGGCAUCCUUCAAGACUGUGCACAAUGUUAUUGGAUAUCUCAAAGGCAAGACCAAUCCAGAUCGAUAUGUACUGGUUGGCAGUCGUCAUGGCAGCUGGUACAAGGGUGCGUUGGCGGACUGGGGGAAAGGCUCUGCAGUCAUGACUCAGAUCAUCGCCUCCAUCACGGCUCAAACCCGUGCGGGCUGGCAGCCUGACCGCACCAUUGUCUUCUGCUCCUGGGGGGGAACCUCACUGGGCAACAUCGGCUCCUUUGAGUGGGGGAAGGAGAAUGCAGUGGUUCUUCAGAGCAGGGCAGUGGCUUAUGUCAGCCUGCACAAUCCCGUCAGAGCCUCUGGAUCCCUGCAGGCCAUAGCGUCACCUUCCCUUCAGCAACUGGCAGCUGAAACCCAAAAGAGACAUUCGAUGAGCUGCAGCAGAGGAGGUGGUUGUCCUGGUCCGAAUGUCAGCUCACUGCAGACACCUGGAGAUUCGAGCUUUUUCUCCAGUCAACUUGCUGUCCCCACAGUGGAGUUCACAUACUCAGAGUUCCCUAAAACAGAGAGAGCGUUUUUUCUCACAGAGGCCUUUUUCCCUCCUGAGUCUUUAUUAAGAGAGACCUUGGAUCCAGCCUUCAAACUCCAUGAGACUAUUGCCAAGAUCACAGCCGAGGCCAUCCUGCGACUCGCUACGGAUCCCGUUCUUCCAUUUUACCCUUUGGAUAUCGCUCUUGAUGUUCAGAACAAACUCAAAGAUGACCCACUGAGCCGGCCAGACCUGCUGAACGUGGCUGCAUCUUUGAGAGACAACUCAGCCUUCUUCCAAUCUGAGGUCAUGCGUCCUGCCAAUGACCCCAAAGAGAGAGAUCCUGCCCACGUACGCAUGCUCAACGACGUCCUACGAGACCUGGAAAAAAGCUUCCUUAUUCCAAACCCACCUCUCGGCUUUUACAGGAACAUUCUCUAUUGCUUGAGCAGACAAACUCCACGCUUCUCAAUCCUGAAGGAUGCCCUGGAGGUCCCCUGGCACAGCAGCAUCAACCAGUCCCUGACUCUGGUAACCAGCGCCAUCAGUUCAGCAGACAAACUCGUAGAAAGCGGACUCAACCUGUUUGAGAAUGAAAAUGACAUCCCGCAAUGACAUCUGAAAAGAGAACACACCUCACGGCGUCAGAAUAUGACACAAUCCUGAGGUCUUCUGGUCGACACAGAGGUUUCAAAGGGAUCUGAAGGCACUUUGAGAAAUAGAGGGUAUCAUUAUUAAGUGCACUAUUAACCCGAGGUUCACUUGAGGAAUUUCUUCAGGCCAAUACUAAGUUAUUGUUUUUGUUCCUCUAAUGAUGUUCAAAAAUGGAUCUAGAAAGAUUAAUGACAAACGAGUCAGGGAGCUCGCAGGGACAGACUUUUUGUUCUGGGGAAAAAUACCACCAGGUUUAUCACUUAUAUUUCCAGUCACACAAACCAAAGGGGACGACUGGAAGUCAGGACUCAAAACAGGUUCAACUUGAUGUUUGAAACACGUUUUUAAAAUGUUUUAAGAAAAUAUUUUAUUUGGUUAAUAAUACUAAGACUAGUCCACCAUUUUUUCAAAUGGCAAGCAAUGACCUUUGAAAAAAAAGAAAUUCUGUGACUCAAAAUCAACAUGGAGUCAGACGUCAUAAUGCAGAACGUACUAAUACUGAUACUGUCUGAUUGAAAAGAGAAAGCUGAAAGGAAGCACCAGCAGCGUCUGCUACUGUGACAGUCUCUCAGGGGUGUUUGUUUCAGAAUCUGUAGAAAAAUAGGAAUUAAAUAAAAUAUUUGUUCCAAAAAUGUUUGUAAUUUUUGGACAGGUAAACCAAUUUAAGUUGAACUAAGAGAGCUCGAGUCAACAAAACAAGAAUUCAGGGUAAUGAUUGUUCUGAUACUAGAAAAAAAAAAAAAAAACAUUUAGGCAAUACAGUAAUGGUAUAGUUUGUACUGAUAGUUUUGCAUAGAUCAGGGUUAGUAUUUAAGUUUAUAGGUCAUAAAUUCAAGGUGAACAGAGGCAAGUCUUUAAGAGGGCUGAAUUGAGUUUACAAUUUGAUUGGGUGAGAGUCCACCAAUUAGGAGCCAGGAUGACAAAUAUACACUGAAAAAAAAUGUAUUUUUUUAGCUUGAGCCAAUGCAAAAUAAAUAACUUAAAGUUAGUUAUUUUUCAGUGGCUCAAGUUAAAAAAAAAAUAUAGAUGUGAAUCAUUACCCUAAUUGUUUUUAAUGAAACAUUUUGAAUGAAACUUUUUUUUUUUUUUCAGUGUAUAAGCAAUACAAACAGUGCAGGUGUAUGAUGUCAUAAUGGACUGUGUCAUGGUAAUGUCAUGUUAACGUCUUUUAUAUUCUUGUGGCCAGUGUAUUUGUUCUCAGCAUUUGCACUAAUGUUGUUUUUCCUCUGGUAACUAUUUUGGGGGAAUUAAGGGUUUUGAGAGUAACUAAUAUCUUCCCUUUUACUUUAGAUACUUAACUUUUACAGUAGUAGUUCGCCCAAAAAUGAAAAUUUUAUGAAAAAUCUACUCACCCUCAGGCCAUCCAAGAUGUAGAUGAGUUUGUUUCUUUAUCAGAAUAGAUGUGGAGAAAUUUAGCA